CGUUAUCGCACGCCGUCGCACCAGCACGACACUACGUUGACUAUGGCGGCAACAACGCUCGAACAAGAGGUGCAGCAGCUCUCCCUCGAGUACGGCAUCGAGACCGCGAUCAAUGUGCAACCGCCCGAGGACGGCAGCGCGGUCAGAAUCAGCCCCGAGAUUGUCGACUUUCUCAGCGAACAGGGUGUGGACGCACAGGAGCUGCUCAGAAAGUCCGCGGUCAGCCCCGUCGAAGUGGACCCGUCGCGCUCGCUCAAGGACUACUUUAUCUCCUCCUCGCACAACACCUACCUCCUCUCCUGGCAGGUCCUCGGACGCGCCUCGACCGCAUCGUAUGUGCACGCGCUCUCGCAGAACGCGCGCUGCGUCGAGAUCGACGUCUGGUCCUCCCCCAAGGGGCCCAUCGUCACGCAUGGAUACACGUUCAGCCGCAGCGUCCCGUUCGCCGCCGUGUGCGCGACGAUCGGCGAGCUUGUGCGCACAGAGGCUGAUAGCGUUAAUGACUGGCCCGUGCUCGUCAGCCUCGAGUGCCAUGUCGCGCCGCAGAAGCAGGGCGAGCUCGUCGAGAUUAUGCGGGAGGCGUGGGGUGAUAAGCUCGUGAGGGGCGAGGUUGAUGGGGUGGACGACGAUAGUAUUUCGCCUGCGGAUUUGAAGGGGCGGAUUUUGCUGAUGGUGGAGUACUAUCCCGGAACUGAAGAUGUCGAUCCUGGCGACGAGAUCGACGGCUGCGUUGUCCCAGAGGACGAUGAAGGACAAGAGCUAGAGAUCGACCCCGUCAUGGAAGCAGAGCACGAGCACAAGCACGGCAAGAUCUCAGAGGAGCUCGCAGCCCUCGGGUUUUACACACGAAGCAUGAAACCCUCCAAAGGCUGGGCCGAGCAGUACUUCCCCAGCCCGCCCUUCGUGCGCAACAUCAUGAUCAACAUCUCCGAGUCCGCGCUCUCCGCGCUCAUACCCGAGAGCACCGCCGCGCUGACCGCGAGCGCGUCGCGGCACCUCCGGCGCAUCUUCCCGAUGGGCAUCCGCCUGAGCUCGAGCAACCUCGACCCGCUCAAGUUCUGGCGCACCGGCUCGCAGGUCGCGUGUCUCAACUGGCAGCACUUUGAUAGGGGCAUGCAGAUCAACGAGGCGAUGUUCGUCGGCACGAACGGGUGGGUGCCGAAGCCAGCGAUGCUCGGGCGGGAGGCUGUUGAGAUCGGGAAGACGAGGAUUACGGGGGAGGUCGUUGGUGUGAGCUCGUUGACACGGCCGACGAAGUCAAGCUUUUCGGCGUAUGUCCAGGCAGAGCUGUUCCAUGCCGACGGCGAAGAGAAGUGGCACACCGAUCGCGUCAAGUGCAAGGACGAAGCCGAGCAGGUCGACGUGAUGUGGAACAAUAGGCAGUUUGAGUGGGAGUUUAUUGAUGACGAGUUGGCGUUCAUACGGUUGACGAUCUGCCACCCGGAAGAACUCAUACUUCACGAGAACCUGGCCGUAUUCUGUGCCCGUGUCAGCAGACUCGAGCAGGGGUGGAGGUUUGUGCGUUUGCUCAACACCAAGGGCAAGGACAGCGGGGCCACGCUUCUGGUUCGCUUCACGAUCACCAAUGUCGAGUGAGGCCAGCUUUUUGCUUGUUUUAAGGACGACAAGAUAUAGUAGAUUAUCUCUCGGAGACAUAGCAUACCUAGGGAAACAACAUGUAGAAUCAGCAGAAACCUGCGAACUGUAAAAUAUAUACCCCGAUCAACACGUAUUGGCGC